AUGUCGACAGGAUCCAAUGGUGCUCGGCGCAUUGCGUCGCUGAUGCGACCAUCCAGACUCGACAGCGUCUGCAGAAGCUGUCAAGAGACCCUGGGUCGCCGCAACUAUGCCUCUGCUGCUGCUGCGAGUGAAACAACGACUACUUCCUCGCCAAUCCCUUCCACUUCCUCCAUCACCGACCCUGUCUACACCAUCAACGCCGGUGUGGUUCUCUCCCGCCCUCCCCAGAUCACGCGCGACCUCGAGCCCUUUGAGAAAGCCUUUUAUUUCUACCAGAAGCGUCUGAAUGAGCGCCUGUCCCUUCCUUUCACCAAAUACUUCUACUUCAAGCGUGGCACGCCAGCGGACGUGGACUGGAAAAACAAGAUUAAGGAGCGCCGGACCCCGGCACGCGACAUUGGCAAGUACAACGCGUACGACAACGAUGCAUGGAACGACGAGUUGCUCCUAGGAUCAAAGGAGGCCGAGCCUGAACAUCUAGUGGAGACGCUAGUGCAGGAUGCCGAGUCCACAGCCAAUGCCACUUCCCAGGACACUAGCAAGAAGGAAGAGAUCCCGCGGCCAUUCUCGCGACUGACGGAGGCGGAUAAGAAGGGUGAUCACAAGAGUCUGAACCGGUUGUUGUCUCGGACUUUGUACCUGCUGGUGCAGUCGAAGGAGGGCUACUGGAAGUUCCCCAGUUUGCCUAUCGAGGGAGAUGAGACCCUGCACGAGGCCGCCCAACGUACCCUCUCCCAAACCGCUGGUUUCAACAUGAACACCUGGAUGGUUGGUUUCCACCCCGCUGGUCACCACGUUUACCACAACCGCAAGCCCCACGUCGACAAGGCCACUGGUGCCGCCGUCCACGGCGAAAAGACCUUCUUCAUGAAGACCCGCAUCAUGGCCGGUCAGGCCGAUCUCUCCGGUAGCGUGGAGGAGCUCAAGGACUACAAGUGGCUGUCCAAGGAUGAGAUUCCGCAAUACCUGCUGCCGCAGUACUACAGCAACAUUAAGAACAUGCUGGCCGACCGGUAA